GGUUUGGCCGAUGAUUCCUUAAUUCCACAAUCUCAGUCUCUCUUUCUUCAGGUAACCAUAAUUCAGUUCAGCUAUUGCCUUUGCGCCACCACAACCACCGUCCCCACAGCCACUUCCUUCCAUUGCCGACUUCAUAUGCUCCCAGUAAAUAAUUUCUCAAACCCUAAACCCUAAUCCAUUCAAUUCAUAAUACAUGGACUUCCAACAUCUUCACGGCUAUAACCGGCCGCCUCCUCCGCCGCCCCUGCCUUCCAUGGCAGAUCCCCACUAUCCACCACCACCACCGCAAUCUCAGAGGCCGCCAUCUCUACCGCCGAACUCAUGGCACCCUUCACAAUUCCAGUACCAUCCACCGCCGCAGCAUUCUCCAUCUCAUCCUCCUCCUCCUCCGUAUCAGUGGAGUGCGCCGCCUCCUCCGUAUCAUGCCCCUUAUCCUUCCCAUCAUUUUCCUCAAAAUCAUUACCCCCAUCCUCCAGCAGCUAGACCUAAUCUUCCUCCUCCGCUUCCACAAUCACAUCAUCACACGAACCAGCAGGACUUGGGGAGCACAAACUGGGGGCAUCAUCAAACUUCGGACUACUCAGCCCAUACCAAAGAAGAAGAUUGGGCUGCAAAGGCUAGGGAAUGGGCUGCCGCUAAAGCUGCAUCUGACAACCAACAACCACCAUUAACACAAUCUGGUAGACAUGAAGAGCCCAAUCACUACUACUAUGACAGAUAUCCCCAAUCUGCGGACCCUCAUUUCCAAGAUUCUCAACAAGAAAGAGUCUGGACACCCAGCUACCAACAGUUUACAGAUUCAGUGGCUGCACCCUCUCAAAAUGUACCUAUUGGUCACUCACAAAAAUCUUCUUAUAUUCAUCAUGAUGAGCAUUUAUCUUACACAGACAGGGAUGGAAGCUUGGCUGGUGAUCCAACAAGUGCAUUGCCUCAACAAGGAAACUUGUCUGUAAGUCCAUUAGUCCAUUGGCCGGAGGUACCUUCUAGUUAUUCUUCCAUUGGAGGGGAAGAAGUUGCUGGCAAUCGUCAAAAUGAUAGGCUAUAUAAUUCUCAUUCUUUAUCUGUCACCUCUGGUGUACAACAUAAUGUAAAACCACUGCCACCACCACCACCUGUUGGUCCUCUGUCUACAAUGACGGAAGAGCCUCAUCAUUCAUACGGGGGACAUUUUACAGAGGCAAUCAACUUGAUGGACAAACCAUUAGAGUUUGCACCUCAUGUUAACCGUCACCAUGGUUUGCAUGUACAAUCCAAUCAUUCACACUCUGAUUCAGUGGGCUCUUCAAAUGGUGUUGAUCCUGUUUCAAGAAUGACUUCUACUUAUGCAUGGCCUCCUGCUGCUAUUGGGGUUGAACCUGCCAUGGUAGUGCCUUCUCCAGUUUUUGGGAGAUUACCUGCACCUAACUUCCAUUCAACAGUACCUACUGUGAAUCCCACAUUUGGUUACAGCAGUGGAGCUGCUGGAGUUACUACCUCUGUUACUUUUCCGGCUGAUUCCUAUGCAAUGCCUAGUGACCGCCCUAAGAAGGCAUCUGUGCCUAACUGGCUUAGAGAGGAAAUCAUUAAAAAAAAAGCUGUCAUCACUAGCUCAGUUCCUGAUCUACAAAGGGAUGAUGACCUUGAAGAUGAAGAUGUUAACAAGCCUUAUAGAAGAGGUGAUCAGGUAGAUACUAAAAGCAUUGAGUCAUCAAGAUCUACAGAAGAAGAGGAUGACGAUGAGGAUGAUGUUGAUGCCGCUAAAACUGCAGCAAUAAAUGUCGAAAUAAAGCGUGUCCUAACAGAAGUUCUUCUAAAGGUCACUGAUGAGCUUUUUGAUGAAAUUGCGACAAAAGUUCUUAGUGAAGAUAGCCCCAUCCUUGAAGCUGAAUCAGAUGCUACCCUUACUGGUAAUAAAUUGUCAUCGUCCGCACGUGCUGUGUCAACUCCCAAGGCUUCUGCGAAGGUUCUUAUACCAUUUAAAAUUAGAGAAGAUUCUGGUGAUGGCAACAAGCAUUCUGCCUCUGCUUCCCCUGGGAAUGUAUUGGGUCUUGCAAACUAUGCUUCUGAUGAUGAUGAUGAUGAUGAUAAUGAUGAAAUUCAGAGUAAUGUUAAGACAAUUCCUGACAAAGAUAGCUUGGCUCAACAGUCAGUUGCAAUAAAUCAAGCAGAAGGCAAGAUUCUAGUUGAGAAUGGCAGUUCACUUGAUAAAAUUGAAAAGAAAGGCGGGUUGUCUGAGAAUGUGGAGAAUGCUAUGAAAAUGAGUCCAAAUUCUUCCACAACUAGUCUUGACAAAGUUGGCAGACAACCAAGUGAUGACAAGGAAGCUAUGGAAUUGGUGCAUGGGAAUUCUCGACUGCCUUCCAAGUCCAAGUCAGGAGUUCUAGAAGAAACCCUUGCUGUGGAAGUGGCUGUGGGAACUGAAGGAAUAAACAGAGAUUUCGAUAAUAAAAAGAGAAAACUGGAUAGCUCUCAUAUUCGGGAAAGCCAAAACAAGUCGGAUAAUAAUUGUAAGGCUAAAAAUAAAGACAUAGACAAUAUCAAGGAUAAGUUGGAUGAUGGUGACCAUAAAAGGCGCGAAAGAUAUGUCAAAAAUGAUCAAACUAGUGAUGAUAAAAAAGAUCAAGUUAAGGAUAAUAAAAUUUUUAAGUCAGUAGAAAAGGAAAAUGAGCAGGAUACGAGGAAAAAAGCUUCUGUUGAUACCACAGAGAGCAAGGGGAAGACAGAUAGGGAGAGCAGAUCAAGUGGUAAAGGUGAUAUUACGAGGACAGAAAAAGGAAAGGAUGAAAAAAGAGAAAAGUUGAGACGCAGAGGUGAAAUUGACUCUGGCAAACAUAGGAGACGACGGUCCUCCUCUAUUGGCAGCAGGGGUAGGGAAAAUAAGGACAACUUAGUUAGCUAUCCCACUGAUUCAAAUGAUGAAUCUUCUGAUGAUUAUAAAAGGAAGCCUUAUUCAAGAAGACGAAGAUCACCUUCACCUAUCAGGGCAAGGAAAAGACAAGUUUCGAGGUCUCCUCGUAGCAAGCAUUCUCAUCAGCGCAGGCAUUCUCCCUACCCUUCUCUUGAGACAACCAGGAGUAGGAGGUCAAGAUCUAGGUCUCCCAUCCGCCGGAAGAGAUGAAUGUGAUUUGUAGUAAAGUAGAUGAAGCAUAUCGUUCUUGUCAGGCUUGCAGAAGCGAUUGCUGGAGUUGUUUGUCCAUCAUCCGGGUAGGAUUUCAGUUGGCAAGGGGAGGAAGAGCUCAGAGAUUUUUUUCCCCGACAAGGUGAAGUGCAAUUUCUAGACGGAUGGAAGAGUUUUGGACGUAUUAUGCUCUCUUUUUACCCCACCAAAUACUUGGUUAGUUGGUUGAGUACUGGCAUCGAUAUGCCUAUUAGUGGUUUGUCGACACUACUAUAAUGGGAUCUCAUGCAAUCUUCACAUGCCCUUCUGUUCUGUUGGGCAUUUAUUUGUUUUUAAACUAGUAAUAAGCAGCAGGAAUACUACCGUCAAAGUUUAUUGAAGCAUUAUAUUUUAUGUGAGUAUUAUAAAUUUAUACGGAGUAAUACAUGCAUGUCACUAAGUAACGCAUAG